AUGGAGGUGCAGUUAGGUCUGGGGAGGGUCUACCCCCGGCCGCCGUCCAAGACCUACCGAGGAGCUUUCCAGAACCUGUUCCAGAGUGUACGCGAAGUGAUCCAGAACCCGGGUCCCCGGCACCCUGAGGCCGCGAGCGCAGCACCUCCCGGCGCCCGUUUGCAGCAGCAGCAGCAGCAGGAGACCAGUCCCCAGCAGCAGCAGCAGCAACAGCAGCAGCAGCAGAGUGAGGAUGGCUCUCCUCAAGUCCAGAGCAGAGGCCCCACAGGCUACCUGGCCCUGGAGGAGGAACAGCAGUCUUUACAACAGCAGUCAGCUCCCGAGGGCCCCCCGGAGAGCGGCUGCGUCCCAGAGCCGGGAGCUGCCUCGGCAGCCGGCAAGGGGCUGCAGCAGCCACCGCCAGCACCUCCGGACGAGGAUGACUCAGCUGCCCCAUCCACGUUGUCCCUGCUGGGCCCCACUUUCCCCGGCUUAAGCAGCUGCUCCACCGAUCUUAAAGACAUCCUGAGCGAGGCCGGCACCAUGCAACUUCUUCAGCAGCAGCAGCAACAGCAGCAGCAGGAGGCGGUAUCUGAAGGCAGCAGCAGCAGCGGGAGAGCGAGGGAGGCCACUGGGGCUCCCAUCUCCUCCAAGGACAGUUACCUAGGGGGCAGUUCGACCAUCUCGGACAGCGCCAAAGAAUUGUGUAAGGCAGUGUCGGUUUCCAUGGGCUUGGGUGUGGAGGCAUUGGAGCAUCUGAGUCCUGGGGAACAGCUUCGGGGGGAUUGCAUGUACGCCCCGCUCCUGGGAGGUCCACCGGCUGUGCGUCCCACUCCUUGUGCCCCGUUGGCUGAAUGCAAAGGUUCUCUGCUGGAUGAUGGCCCGAGCAAGGGCACCGAAGAGACUGCUGAGUAUUCCCCUUUCAAGGCAGGUUACACCAAAGGGCUGGACAGUGAGAGCCUGGGCUGCUCUGGCAGCGGCGAAGCAGGGGGCUCCGGAACACUUGAGCUGCCAUCCGCCCUGUCUCUGUACAAGUCUGGAGCACUGGACGAGGUAGCAGCUUAUCAGAGUCGCGACUACUACAACUUUCCGCUAGCCCUGGCCGGGCCGCCGCCCCCUCCGCCGCCUCCCCAUCCUCAUGCCCGCAUCAAGCUGGAGAACCCCCUGGACUAUGGCAGCGCCUGGGAGGCCGCGGCGGCACAAUGCCGCUAUGGGGAUGUGGCGAGCCUGCAAGGCGGGGGUGCAGCAGGACCGGGCUCAGGCUCACCCUCAGCUGCCGCCUCCUCUUCCUGGCACACUCUCUUCACAGCCGAAGAAGGCCAGCUCUAUGGGCCCUGUGGCGGAGGCGGGGGCGGCAGCGCAGGCGAGGCAGGGGCUGUAGCCCCAUACGGCUACACUCGGCCACCUCAGGGGCUGGCGGGCCAAGAAGGUGACUUUUCCCCACCCGAUGUGUGGUAUCCCGGCGGCGUGGUGAGCAGAGUGCCCUAUCCAAGUCCCAGUUGUGUCAAAAGCGAAAUGGGCCCCUGGAUGGAGAGCUAUUCUGGACCUUAUGGGGACAUGCGUUUGGAGACUACCAGGGACCAUGUUCUGCCCAUCGACUAUUACUUUCCACCCCAGAAGACCUGCCUGAUUUGUGGGGAUGAAGCUUCUGGCUGUCACUAUGGAGCUCUCACUUGUGGAAGCUGCAAAGUCUUCUUUAAAAGAGCCGCUGAAGGAAAACAGAAGUACCUGUGUGCCAGCAGAAAUGAUUGCACCAUCGAUAAAUUUCGAAGGAAAAAUUGUCCAUCUUGUCGCCUCCGGAAAUGCUAUGAAGCAGGGAUGACUCUGGGAGCCCGGAAGCUGAAGAAACUUGGGAAUCUGAAACUACAGGAGGAAGGGGAGGCUUCCAGCACCACCAGCCCCACUGAGGAGCCAGCCCAGAAGCUGACAGUGUCACAUAUUGAAGGCUAUGAGUGUCAGCCCAUCUUUCUGAAUGUCCUGGAAGCCAUUGAGCCAGGUGUGGUGUGUGCUGGACAUGACAACAACCAGCCUGACUCCUUUGCAGCCUUACUCUCUAGCCUCAAUGAACUGGGUGAAAGACAGCUUGUACACGUGGUCAAGUGGGCCAAGGCCUUGCCUGGCUUCCGCAACUUGCACGUGGACGACCAGAUGGCAGUCAUUCAGUACUCCUGGAUGGGGCUUAUGGUGUUUGCCAUGGGCUGGCGGUCCUUCACCAAUGUCAACUCCAGGAUGCUCUACUUUGCCCCUGACCUGGUUUUCAAUGAGUACCGCAUGCACAAGUCCCGGAUGUACAGCCAGUGUGUCCGAAUGAGGCACCUCUCUCAAGAAUUUGGAUGGCUCCAAAUCACCCCCCAGGAAUUUCUGUGCAUGAAGGCACUGCUGCUCUUUAGCAUUAUUCCAGUGGAUGGGCUGAAAAAUCAAAAAUUCUUUGAUGAACUUCGAAUGAACUACAUCAAGGAACUUGAUCGUAUCAUUGCAUGCAAGAGAAAAAAUCCCACAUCCUGCUCAAGGCGCUUCUACCAGCUCACCAAGCUCCUGGACUCUGUGCAGCCUAUUGCACGAGAGCUGCAUCAAUUCACUUUUGACCUGCUAAUCAAGUCCCACAUGGUGAGCGUGGACUUUCCAGAAAUGAUGGCAGAGAUCAUCUCUGUGCAAGUGCCCAAGAUCCUUUCCGGGAAAGUCAAGCCCAUCUAUUUUCACACACAGUGAAGCUUUGGAAGCCCCCAUUUUUUCACCCCACCCCACUCCCUUUUUCAGAGAUCUUCUGCCUGUUUUAACUCUGCACUACUUCUCUGCAGUGCCUUGGGGAAUUUCCUCUAUUGAUGUACAGUCUGUCAUGAAGAUGUUCUUGAGUUCUAUUUGCUGGGCUUUUUUUCUCUUUUCCUCCUUUCUUUUCUUUGCCUCCCUAUCUGACCCUCCAUGGCACUUUCAAACUCUGCUCCCUGCUGUGGCCCUUAUCUGUGUUUUGAAUGCUGUUGUAUUUCUUUAAAUCUGUGAUGAUCCUGUGGCACAGUGUCAAGUUGUGCUUGUUUAUAGCACUGCACUGUAUGCCAGCCAUGCAAACGUUUACUCACCUAAUGCCACGUGAAGUUUAGAGAGGUAAGAGUAUCUGGGAAAACAAAAGACAAACAAACAAACAAAAACAAAAAAAUUUGCUAGGGUUUUGCCUCUUAAAAAAUAUAAAAACAAACAGAAAUCCCUGAAGAGACCAACAGUAACUAGAAUAAAGUGAAAAUUGCAAGCCCAUGGGGAGUCACUGCUUUUUUUCCCCAAACCCUCUCUCCCUGGGAGACUUUAUUUUCUGCCAAUGGCUAUUGCCAUUAGAGGGCAGGGUGACCCCAGAGCUGAGGUGGACGGGAGGCAGAUUUAAGAGAGGACAGAGAGGACAGAUGGAUCACCAGUACCUGCCCAGAGCCUUGGCCCCUGAGGGCUAGACUGCUCAACUGCAGCACAAUUCAUGGUACUGAAAAGUGUACUUCUUGUUUGAAAACUUGUCUGUAUGGCCUCCCCCCACCAGUCCCUUUCUCUCUCAUCCUCUGCCUCCACCCUCAAAUUGACUUUCAAUAGCUUUUCUAAGAGGUUUGAACUGAAUGUUCUCUUUAGCCAAAACUUGGCCACUUCCACUGAAGAAUCAGACCAGCAAGAGGGAGAGGGAGAUCUGACCUUUUGUAAGUCACCAUUCCGAUCCAGGUCUGCUUUCCCAUUUGUGGUCCAGGGAAGAGCUUGGGGCUGGAGUCAGAGGAAAAGGAAGUGGUGGCUUGACUGUUUUCCUGCUUAGGACACUGAAGAUUUGAUCCCUCUUUGCCCCUACCUUUAAAAGACCUGAAUGUUUUCUGCCUGACUCCAUAUAGCUGCAAGCCUCAUCCACCCUCCCUUCAGUGUUUUGUGGGUCUGAACUUCACCAGGCUGCAUUACAGCCACAGUGGUGAAGCUUGUCCACUUCCUUGGUCAUGUUCACAGACUCUCUGCUAAGAACUCCCACCACUAAGAAGGCUAGCAAGCCAGCAGUCUUGAUGUCUAGCUCUAGAUGCCAGUAGGCUCAAAGACUUCUUAGCAAAUGUCUCUCAUCAACUAUCAGAUCUCUGGAGCCCUUAGACAAACUGGAAAGAAGGCAUCAACGGGAUUGGACAAGCUGAGCGUCUUGCUCUUGUCCCCCAGAGAUGACACCUUCCCACAAAGUGGAGAAAUGCCCACUUCUGCCUUCAGAGCAGCUAAAGGGGCUACCCAGAUCAGGGUUGAAGAGAAAACUCAAUUACUAAGGUGGGAAGAAUGAAGGCACUAGAACCAGAAACUCUGUAAAUGCUCUCCUUGCCACCCAGCAUAUCCACCUGCAGAAGUCAUGGGAAGAAGAGAGAAGAAACCAAGAGAAGACUGACUACUAAAGUAAAAGUCUUCAGAAGUAAAGUCUAAAGCCAGAUGGGCACCAUCUGGUGAGUUUACUCAUUAUCCUCCUCUGCUGCUGAUUCUGAGCUCUGACAUUGGCCAUACUCACUCAGACUCCCCACCUUUGUUGCUGCCUUUCAGCCAGAGGAAGCUGAAAGAUUGAGACUACAGAACCAUGGCCUUCGUUGGAAAGAUCUGGUUGGUGUGGCUCCAAUGGGCUGCCACCCAUGAACUUGGUGUGUUCCUGGGAUACUGGUUUCAUAUAGUCCUUUGGCACACCUCUGUUCUGUUGAGUUUGUCCCCCAGUCGCGAGUACAGGGGAAUGUCCACCUACUUUCUCAUCUUGGCCACUGCCUCCUCACUUAGCUCUUAAAUUCAUCUGCUAAACAAGAAAUGGCCAGUCACCCAGCUGCCCAUUUCAGUUGGUUCACUCUACUUGUCGUUGAGAAGAUAGUUUCUGAGUGACAUGAUAUGAUCUACAUGGGUUUCCUCCCCUGAUUUCUGUUGAUAUUAAUAGCCAAAUGAACUUGCAAAACAGCUUCUUUAAAUAACAAGGGAGAGGGGAACCUAAGAUGGGUGUUAUACCAAUCCAAGACUGCUGGACAGAACUAAAGCUGGCAGGUUCUGUUUCUGGGGUAGGAUAGAAAAAUUCUGUUUUUCUUUGUUAUGACACCAAUUGGCUUAUGUAGGGUCACAGGAUCACUUUUAGCUGUUUUAAAGAGAAAAAAUCCACUACUUUUUCAUUUAAACUAGGUUACCUUUUAAUAGUUCCUUUACAUAUGCUUUGAAAUGAUUCUCAUCUUUUGUGGUACAUGGAUUCAAUUAUAUCAUUCUAAUACCUCUCCUUGUAAAUAUUAGAUGCUCUCUUUUCCAUUUCUCUGGCUAUCAAGCUUUUCAUCUUUAUGGAUUUCCCAAUUGUGACUCUUGUCAUUAUGAAUAUAUGUUUUUCAUUUGUGAAAGCCAAAAAUCAGUGAAACGGCAGUGUAAUUAAAAACAGCAACAACUGGAUUACUCCGAAUUUCCAAAUGGCAAGACUAGGGAAAAAUGGCCUAAACAAGAAUUUAGGUCUACUGUUUUUGCACUGGGGUUUCAGUGAGCAACGGAGAUUUUAUCUUGGCUUUGUCUCCCACAGAUGAAAGGGGGAUUAUUUUUUUUCUUUUGGCCAUUGUUGCUCCAGCCAGUGUAAUUGACAGAAGUCUCAUUUUGCAUGCACUCUGCUCUGCAAACAGAGUUGAUGUAGUUGGUACACUGUGCUCACCCUUGAAGGAUUGGCAACUCACACCCACUCAACUGGUGAGCUUAAAGAUGAGGAUCACUCACCAGACAAGCGACGGGCACUAUCUCCAAAAAGGUUUGCAGUGCUCAAUGGGGAUAGAGAGUGAGGAAGAGAAAAAGAAGAAGCACCAGGGAGAAGGCCCCAUCUGUGUUUGGCAGCAGACAGCGGCCAGGGUCACAAACUCUGUGGUCAAAGAAAAGAGUCGUGUGGCAGUUUCAGCUCUUGUUCAUUGGGCAGCUUGCCCAGGCCUGGCCUCUGAGUUGAAACGGGGAUUGGGUUCUUUGCUCCAUAGCUUUUCUAUGCCACAGACAGUGUCUUUGUUCUUGGAGAGUUCAUUAUUUUUUUAAUGAGAAAGGGGUUUUUUGAAGGAUCCUGUCAUAUAUCUUUGAAAAAGAAAAUCAAUAAUACAUAUAUUUUUAUAUAUGUUCACUGGCACUAAAAAGGGGGGAAAAAAAGCUUCACUCUGUCCUUUGGGUAGUUGCUGAGGUGACUGUCCAGGUUGAGAAAUAAUGUGCUGAUGCUAGAGUCCCUCUCUGUUCAUACUCUACUUCUAAAUACAUAUAUGCAUAUAUAGCAAGAAGUAUUCUAUUUGUACUUUAAGAGAAAAUAGGUCCACCAUUCACAUGAUACUGACACUACACAAGUGACCUAACUUUAAGCAUCAAGUAGCUUCUAACUGUUUGUUUCAUUAGGCACAGCACAGACAUGGAUUUUUUCCUCCCUUGAUAUUCGGCAUGGCUCAAAAUCCCAAGCCACUCCCUCUGCCCCUUCCCAGUCUUGUGCUAGGGUUGCACUUCAUGAGACUCUCUUCAGACAGCCCAGUAAGUAUCCCUGCAUGGUUCCUACAUGGCCCUGGGAAAACAAGAGGUUGACUACUAAUUAUCUUAUGCCAGUUGCCCAGGUGAGAGGGCACUGGGCCAAGGGGGUGGCCUUAAUGCUCAACCACAUGUAGGGGGUCAUGGGAACCAGGAAUGCUAAAACACAAGAUCCAAUCCCAAACUUAAGGUCAAAAUAAGCCAUUUAGCAUGUGCAAUUUCUUAUAAAAGGAAGUUUCUACCCUUGCUGCCUUUUAUAGGCAGGUCUGUUCUCACCACUAAUCUCUUUGAAAAUCUGUGAAAGCAGUUUAAAAAAACAAAGAGAUGAGAGCAUCGCAUUACAUAACCAAAGAUUACACUGUAUCUGCUAAAAUACCAAAAUUUUUAAGGACAGGGAGGGAGCAAGCAUUAGUGCCUCUUUGGUAACCUAUCCAAAGACAGACUAAAGGACUUUGCUGGUGACUGACUUAUAAGAGUUUUGUGGGGUCCCCCCACAAUAUACACGUUUAGAAGAGUGGAAGAUAAUUUUGAAAAGAAAGGGAUUAUGAGUCCUUCAGCAAGUGAUUUUUUAUAAGCAGAACUAGCUUUCCUUUUCUGUUGUAGUUGCUGAGCAAAUUCUUAAAGCUCCAUCAUUGCAUGGUUAGAAGUGGAGCUGUCUUGGCCAUUGUGUUUGCUAGUGCCAAUCCUAGCUUAUCUGAAGAUGUGAAGCCCUUGCUGAUAAGAGGAGCAUUUAAAGGACUAGAUUUUGCACUAGAAGGACAGCAGGCAGAAAUCUUCAUUUCUGCCCACUUUGAAUGGCACAAAAAAUUUCUCUGCGGUUUAAGGCAGAAGGUUGAAAUAUAUUGUAAAUGAGUAUUUGUAUCCAUGUUUCAAAAUUGAAUUAUAUAUAUAGAUAUAAUGUGUUCUGAUAGCUUUACCUUUCUCUGCACCUUUAUAUUUGGUUCCAGGUCAUAAUUGAUACCAUGUACUUGUGAGAGAGGCCACAGCUACGUUUUGGAAGCUCUCUCAGAAUGGAAAAGACACCUGGGUUGAUCAGAUAACCAAGAGAUCUCUGCUCCUAUUGAGGCCUGACCCACAAGCCUUGCAAAGGAGCAGAGGGGGGAAAAGCAUAACGUACAUGAUGUGUUGCACUUUACUAGCCCAAGACAGAUGAAUGUGUAAAGGGUGGUGAAGUCUCAUUGGAACCGACUGAGAUUUACCAUAGGGAAGGCCCAGACUUGGGGCCAAAGGCCCACCCAAGCAAUUAGCCAGUGACCCUCUAAAGGGACCUGUGCAGUUGGAAGAAGGAAGGGUAUUUUUUGUUCUUCACCAUCCCUGUGAGAAAAGGGCAGUUUCCUGCACUUGGGAACCUAGAGCAAGUGCUCCAUUUCAAACAAUUCACUCACCUGCAACUGAGGUGCUCUUGCUACUGGGUGUCUAUUCUGGUUUUGGAUACGUUCUGUAAAGAUUUUGACAAUGAAAAUGUGUUUUUCUUUGUUAAAAAUUUAUCAGUGUACUAGAAGUAGUUUAUCUGUAGGUACAGGUCCAUCUCUGCCCACAGGUAGGGGUGUUUUUCUUCAAUUAAGAGACUGACACUGGGGUCUGUUGCCCAGAGCCUCCCAACCCUUAACCAUUUCUAGGUGAAGGCAGAAAAAUCCACAAUUAGUCACUCCUCUAAAGACACUUCAGCUGAGGUAGCAAACCAUUUGGAAUGUUCCCACUCCAAAAAUAAGUGGUAAAUAUUGUAAUUUAGCAGGCAGAGUCUUAAAGGGAAAGGCAGCAUUUGACUCAUCUUUGAUUUCUCCCCAUUAGAUUUGGCCAGAAAAUAGAUAAUAUGCAUGGAUUUGUUUCCAACCCCAAUUCAGUAGAGCGGGAGUGCUGAUUCCUUUCCUUAUCCCACUUGUCUCGGCUUUUUAUAGAAUUAAAUGAGAAGCUAUCAUCUGUGUGGCCCUUGUGGCCUAAAACAGUUUGCACAUGCACUACUUAAAAAGGCUGUCACAUAGCUACAGAUUCCAUUGGCCACCAAAGACUGGAGCCCACACAUAUUCCCAAAGGAAAGGAAAGGAAAUUCUGGAAUGCUGCUGCUUCUCUGGUGGUGCCCUCCUGGGCUGAUGCUUCACAUUUUGGAACUCUCUUCCCUGAACAUUUAGAUAGACCAGGCUUGCAGUCUCUCCCAACCUUAGCCCUUGGUGCUAAGUGUCCUGCAAUGAAGUGCCUGUGGGGUUGUCCUAUCCCAUAAGCCACUCAGGUGCUGAGAGUAGCCACCAUUGUGAUGACCCAAACUAAAAAGAGAGUCCCUCCCACCACUCAGUGACACUUUUCUGCUUUCCCCUAGACUGGAACAUUGAUUAGGGAGUGCCUCAGACAUGACAUUCUUGCGCUGUCCUUGAGAUUAAUUUGGCAACAAGAGGGAGCAGACUAUGUAACCAGAUGUAAGAAUUAAUUUUUAUGUUGAGGGAAAAAAGUUAAAAAGAAAAGAAGCAUCAUAUAAAAGUUAUUUUUUAAAGAAACAUUAAUUUUGCUUGAAACUUCUUUCAAUGGGGCUUCAGUUCUCACAGCGGCACUUGGCCUCCACUGGGCAGCAGGACCAGCCCCAAGCGCUAGUGUUCUAUUCACUUUUUGUAAUCUUGGAAUCUUUUGUUGUUCUAAAUACAAUUAAAAAUGGCAGAAACUUGUUUGUUGGAAUACAUGUGUGACUCUGGGUUUGUCUCUGUCUCUGCUUUCAGAAAUGUCAUCCAUUGUGUAAAAUACUGCCUUGCUGGUCUGCCAGCUAAAACUUGGCCACAGCCCCUGUU